GGUUGACCAUGAAGCUCCUCAUGGUAAGCCGAGAGUCUGUUUCAGCCCUCCACUGAACGUAUUCUCACCAUGUCUGAAGUUACAGAUGAGUUUGCAUCGAGGAGGAACGGACCAGAAGCUUCAGGAAAGAACCACAUGAUCAACGUCCAGCCUUUGAAACGAAGCGAGAUGCAGCCCUCGUAUGCACAGGACCUAGGUACUGGGGAGGUCACUCAUGGUUUCUAUGGGUCAUUCCUCCAAGGUCUUGGUACUUGUGUCGGGUUCCUCGGCGCUAUUCCUUGCUGCCCUUUGCCAAAUCCAUUCCGAAAUGUCCAGCAAGGUUCGGUUGGUCUGGUCACACGUUUCGGCCACUUCUAUAAAUCGGUUGACCCUGGUCUCGUACAAGUCAAUGUCUGCACGGAAGACGUGCGCAUUGUCGACGUCAAAAUUCAGAUCAGCGCUAUCGGCAGGCAAACUGUCAUCACUCGUGACAAUGUUAACGUGGAAAUCGAUUCUGUCAUCUACUUCCAGAUCGUGAACCCUUAUCGUGCUGCCUUUGGCAUCAGUGACCUACGCCAGGCACUCAUAGAACGUGCUCAGACCACCCUGAGACACGUCGUUGGUGCUCGCGCAGUUCAAAGCGUCGUAACUGAGCGCGAAGCUAUCGCCUUUGAAAUUGCUGAGAUUGUCGGCGAUGUCGCCGACAAAUGGGGCGUUGCUAUCGAAGGUAUCCUCAUUAAGGAUAUUAUUUUCAGCCCCGAAGUCUCCGCUUCUCUCUCUUCUGCUGCGCAGCAGAAGCGUAUUGGAGAGUCCAAGGUCAUUGCAGCCCGCGCAGAAGUUGAUGCUGCUCGCCUUAUGCGCCAAGCAGCCGAUAUCCUCGCAUCGCCAGCUGCUAUGCAAAUCCGUCAGCUGGAGGCUCUACAGCAGAUGGCCAAGUCUGGUAACACCAAGGUUGUUUUCGUUCCUAUGCAACUCCAAAGCGACGUUGUUGGUAGACUCGGCUCCAGCAGUAAUGCUGAGGCAUCGGGGUCUGGACUGCGUGAUGAAGCAGGCGAGGCCCUUACUGGUGCUGGUCGUGCUGGUCUUCUAGCCAGCAUCGCGGAUGUAUGAUCUCCUAUCUUGAUUCAGUGGACGAUUCCCAAUUUGUUGCUCUAUCUAUCCAUGUAUUUUUCACGGAUAUCUUAUUGACCCUGUUUGUUCAUGACUCAACGCCUUUUGUCCCUUAGCUAAGUUUUGUAGUGCCUUGUGUAUGCUUUAAUGCCAUCUGAUGAUUUAACGUAUCCAUACGG